GCUUGAUACAGAAAACGAUCAAAUUAUCAAAAUCAAAUUGUGGUCAAAUUUUUUAUAACAUCGUUCACAUAUUUUUAGGAUUUAAAAAAUAAUUCUACAUACAUUUUGUUUAAAUUGUUUUAAUUAUCUUUUUUCUGCGCUACCUUUGACCUACGGUGUCCACAGAGGAACAAACUGGUUCAGUUCAUAUCCCUUCUUUUCCUACAUUAAUAUACGCCAUGACUUGUUCAUCAGCUAAGUAUGUUUUGGGCAUUGAUUUGGGGACCACGUCGGUCAAGGUUGUGUUGUUUGACACACGUUUAAAGACCGUGACAGACAGCUGCAGUUUACAGACCAACUGUGACGUCAUGGACGAAACGCGUGGACACGUCAAGGAGCAGGACCCUGUGCGGAUCAUUACUACUCUUGACCAGUGCAUGCGGUCUCUCCCUAAGGAAAAGCUGCAUGACGUCAUAUGCAUUGGGGCGUCUGGACAGAUGCAUGGCGUUUUGUUCUGGAAAUCUAACACAGGUUGUGAGUGGUUCAGUAGUCACAGUUGUGGUCGCAGUUUCAGGCCUCAGAAUGUAAGUAGGCUGAUCACAUGGCAGGAUGGCCGCUGCACUACUAGUUUCCUGUCGUCACUACCCAAACCUGAGUCACACCUAAAUGUGGCCACUGGCUUUGGCUGUGCCUCCAUCCUCUGGUACACCAAGCACAGCCCCGAAUUCCUUGCAAAGUUCAGUGCCUCAGGAACCAUUCAGGACUAUGUGGUGUCCAUGCUGUGCGGUUUGGAGGUCUGCCUCAUGAGUGUGCAGAACGCUGCAAGCUGGGGCUACUUCAACACCACCACGAAACAGUGGAAUACAGAGAUUCUGAAAGGUGCAGGCUUCCCGGUGCACUUGUUGCCCACGCCGGUGGAUUCUGGGUCUAUAGCUGGGCAGACUUGCUCUGAAUGGCACGGGAUUCCUGCUAACACACCUGUAGGAGCAGCUCUGGGAGAUUUCCAGUGCAGUGUUUACUCCUGUAUGACGGAUAAGACAGAUGCAGUGUUAAACAUGAGCACCUCAGCACAGUUGACGUUCCUAAUGCCUGCUGAUUUCACCCCUGCGAGUGUCCCAGAUGAGCUCUCUUCCAUCGCUUACUUCCCUUAUUUCCACAACACCUACCUGGCCGUGGCUGCUGCGCUCAAUGGAGGCAACGUUCUGGCAACGUUUGUGGGAAUGCUGACUUCUUGGAUGAAGGAAUUUGGAGUGGAGGUCUGUGACUCAGACGUGUACUCCAAGCUGAUCGAGUGUGCUCUAACCCAACCUAGCACUGACCUCCGUGUGACCCCGACCCUGCUAGGAGAACGGCAUAACCCCAGCAGCCUCGCUGCCAUGUCCCAAAUCUCUCCAACCAACCUUUCACUGGCUCACGUGAUGCGUGCCAUUUGUGCAGGGAUCAUCGCUAACCUAGCAACCAUGAUGCCUCCUUGCAUGUUGACAGAUGCAGGAGUGAAAAGGAUUCUAGGUAGCGGGAGCGCUCUGUCUCGGAAUGAAGCUUUGAGACAGGAAGUAGAGCGAGCAUUCCCUUUCCCUGUUGAGUACGGGAAGGACUUGGACUCAGCAGUCGGAGUGGCAAUGGUUUUUAAUGACAAGCUGGUUAGCCACACUGCUUAGCAUACACUAGACCUUACAGAUAUUAUUAUGUGUGAUUUAUAGCCCUGUUGGCUGCUGAUACAUUUCUUAAAUUAAGAAAACAUAAUUCUGUGUGAACUUUAAUUCCAUUACCAAAUUCCAUUUAUUUUGUCAUUUGGGUUACAGUAAUAAUACUUUAAUAUUAAUUUUACAGAUUAAUUAUUGGAAUUGUAAUUAUUACUGUGUAAGUUGCUCAUUUACUGUUGAUUUAUUUUGGAUGUAAUAAUCUUUUAUAAAUUUUUGUUAAUUUAUUACUAUUUUUGGGGCCAGAUCCAUAAUGGCAUUGUUUGUGCUUGCAGAAUAAAUCAUGUUACUUAUAACACACAACUUGCAGGUAAAACAAAGUGCAACUCAACAGCAAAUGCAGUGUAACAGUAUAAUUACAUGUAUAAUGACAUAACUAUUACAGCUCAGGUUGGUUUAAAUGGAGAUAAAUCUGUCCUAAAUAUCAGACAAGUAUGUAAACUAGACCAUCCACAUUGAGAUGCUCAGUAGAGGAAAAAUCGAGCUGGUGGGUUAUUAUCACAUAAACAGCUACUGUGGAAAAAUCUUUAGGGCUAACAAUGUAAAAACACACACACACACACACACACACACACACACACACACACACACACACACACACACACUUGCUACAUGAGUAAUGAUUAAAUAAUCAGUAAUUAUUUAACUGUAACUGAUGUGUGACAUGAUCAGUUAUUCCUAACUCUUACUAUAACAUGAAUAAUAAAGUAUUGGCUAUAAUGUUUCUGAUAACAUAUAACUAAGACUUUAUGACUUAACAUGAUAAACAUUUAACCCUUCUCUCUCUCUCUCUCUCUCUCUCUCUCUCUCUCUCUCUCUCUCUCUCUCUCUCUCUCUCU